UUGAGUUUGUAUUAAAUUUACCCUUAUCCAUCCAAAAGCAUAGCUUCAACCAUAAAAGUUGAGAGGCCUUUAAUCAGAUUGCAAUUUUUAACUUUAUUUUAAUUCAAUCUCAUUUGAGAUUUUUGAAAGGAAAAUAUAACAAUUUAGACUGAAAAUGUUUGAUUUAAUUUAAAAAAAUGAGAGAUAAAGCUUCUAAUAGGCCGAGCCGGUGGGUUACUUGUCAAAAAAGAAAAAAAAGGUUUGAACUCAAAUCAAUGGUUAAUUCUGAUUUUAAGUUCGAGUUGGGUCUGAUUAUGAGCCCAACUCAUAGACCGGUAUGGGCCAAAACCGAAAUCCCUCCAGCCUCUUUUUUGAAUUCCAAACACCACUCAUCCAACCCCCGCUCUUUCCUUCAAAAUUCAACCCAUUUUUAUAUUCUUCCUAUAUGCUUAACUAAGCGCGCUAUCUCCCUCUCUAAUUCAAAUAACAAAAAAUUUCAAUUGCAGAUCUCUUCCCUUUUCUAAACCCUAAAUAUCAUUUCGCUUCUCAACAAAGUUUCUGCCUUUAUUUGUGUUUUUUUCUUCGCUUAAUGCAAACCCAACGCUCUUUGUUUUGAAGUUUUUAUUUUUUUUUCGAGAAUUUUUGAAUUUUGUGCUAAAAAGUAUUCGACUUCAACUGGGUUUCCAAGAUAAUGAAGAAUCAAGGUGAUUUGCGGGUGCUCGGGUCUGAUUUUACGGCGAUUGGAGAGAAGCGAAGUGGCGGCGAAUUGGGAGAGAAACAACAAAGUGAUCGCAAGCGGAUUAAAAUGCGAAAUCUUGAUUCUCAAGAAACCAGCACCCAGCAUUUGAAAAAUAGAGAAGCCGGUGACCAAUUUCAGUUUGCUGAAGAAACUUCACAAGUUACUAAUUUGCCAAUAACCUUGGAUCUGGAUGCUACUCAAGUAGAAAGACGUGGGAGGACUUCGUUAUCAGUUGAGGUUAAUCCUGCCCCUAGAACUCUGGAUCUCAAUAGUGAAGCUUGUGUUACUAAUAAUUCAGCUAGCAACGGAAGUGCAGAACACGGUGAAAUUUUUAGGAAAGUCUCUGUGCUUAAGCAGCAUGAUAGAGAACGUGAUAGCAAAUCUGCAACAUCUGGAGGGAUUGGCUUGGAUCUCAAUGCAGAAGAUGUUACUAGUUCUAUGAACCAGGAAUCAUUUCAUACUUCCAAAAAUUAUGAUCACUUGAAAUCAAGAAGGGAACCUUCUGAGUGUGGGAGUACUACUGGUCCAGUAGAGGGGAAAGAUCCACUGAGAGUUUGGAAGGAGAUGAAGCAAAAUGGUUUUCUCUCUUAUUCUCAUGGAGGGAUUUUGAAUCAAAGUGGUUUAACCUCAUCUUCACAUGGAGGAAUACCAAUGCCAAAGCAACGUGGAAGAAAAAGCAAGAAUGAUCUGCUCAAGAAAAAGAUGGAGCUUGCAAAGAAAGAACAAGUUGACAGGUUCACGAAAAUUGCUGCUCCAAGUGGACUGUUAAAUGGAUUGAACCCUGGGAUUAUAAACCAUGUGAGGAACAAAAAACAGGUCCAUUCAAUAAUAGAGGCCCUAGUGAGGUCUGAAAAACUUGAAAAAAGUCAUGUUGAGACUAAAGAAGAGAGCCGUCUAAAAACUGAAACUAAAGAAACCAGCAACGUGAGCGAUUCUGGAAUACAUCUUCUCAGUUUUUCUCAAGGAAAUGGGAUUUCAGCUAUUUUAUCUGGGAAUAAUCAAAUAGGGGGAUGCCAUGCACUGACCAGAGAUGGUAACUCCAGCAUGGUAGAUGGAAUAUGUAGCAGAAAUUCUGUUUCACAUUACACUGCUCUCGUUGAGGAUGAUACAUUAGCACUGAAGUUAUCAACAUCAACCAAGGCAUCUGAGGAAUCUAGCACUUUUUCUACUGAGGAAUCAACAAAUGUCACUAACAUAUCUUCUCUUUCUGUAAGAGCUGCUAGCGUUGCUUCUCAAUGGUUAGAACUUCUUCAUCAAGACAUUAAAGGGCGCCUCUCAGCAUUGCGACGGAGUAAGAGAAGAGUCCGAGCUGUAACUACAACAGAAUUACCUUUUUUAGUAUUAAAAGAAUUCCCAUCUAAUCAAGAGAAUGAUCCUUUUAUUAUGAAAAGUUCAUCCGAUGAAAUGUCCAGUAAUGCAAUAUCAGCCAUGCAUCAAGAAAGAUGGAAAACAUUGUUUGAUCAAAUGGAGAAAGCGCUUUCUGAAGAAGAAAAGCAACUUGAAAGUUGGUUGAGUCAAGUAAAAGAAAUGCAGCUGCAUUGUGAUCAGGGCAUGCAGAACUUCCAAUGGAAUGAAAUUUUAGGUUUCCAACCUCAGGAAACGUUAGAAAAUUACACUAGAAUUGGGAAAGCUGAUAGCUCUGAGCGGGAAUUAGCUAUUAGAGCUGCUGCAGCUUCCAUCUAUUCAACCUGCAGUUUUCUGAUGUCAAAGGAGAAUGUAUCAUGCUUCUGAUCUCGUUAACAAUACUUUUUCCUUUUUCUCCCUUCAACCUAUCUUAUUAUGGUGAUUUCCUUAAUACCAUACCAUGAAAUGUCUGCGCAUUUCGCCUGCUACUGAUUAGGCGUUUAAUUUUACAAUGCUAUGCAGCUCAGCAAUAGCAAAUCUGUAACAUUAGCCGUGAAACUCUUUUAACCUUUUCUUUGGUUCUAAAUUUAUGUAAGCAGAAUCAAGGUAGUGGUAGAAUUUGAUUGUUAGAACUCUUGUUGCAUAAUAAAAGAAGUGGUAGAAUCUGAGUGAGGUUCCUUGAUGUAA